ACACAUCACGCGCUUGAGGUUCAAUUCCUCUACUCGUAUCAUCAGCUUGAAAUCGAGUUUGAUGUACCAUUGUGACUGACUUUGUAUUCUGGUUUUUCUCGUGAUUUUAUGGGAUAUUGAACUGCAUUUUAAGGAGUGGAACGAAUUUUUUUAGAUUAGUUUUUUCUUCGUGGGAGGAGCACGAUUUCAAAAUGCGGGAACGACUUUGGUCGUUGCUCGUGCUGCUCCUGUCACUAACAUUAUGCCAAUUACUCGAAGUAUCUGGACGUCAUAAUCAUUUAAAAUUCAGACACCUGAGACAUCGUCGACAGCAUGGAGAUGGUUACGUCCCGAGCAGUUUCGUGGCAGACAAUGAGGAUCCUGAGGAGGGCCUGUGGGGUCCCUGGUCAGCCCCAACAUCCUGCUCACGCACGUGCGGAGGUGGUGUUGCCCAUCAGGCGAGACGAUGUCUCGACGUAGAUGACAAUGGAUAUGAUCGAUGUACAGGUGCCAAACGCCGGUUUUUCUCGUGCAAUAUUCAACCAUGCUCCAAUACGACAGACUUCCGUGCUGAACAGUGUGCCGAAUUCAACACAGUACCAUUCGAGGAUGUAUUUUACGACUGGAUUCCAUAUACCGGUGGUCCAAACAAGUGUGAGCUCAACUGUAUGCCAAGGGGUGAGCGCUUCUUUUACAGGCAUAAACUCACUGUGAUCGAUGGUACACCCUGCGAUGCUGAAAAAAAUGAUGUUUGUGUUGAGGGAAAAUGCUUGCCAGUCGGAUGUGACAUGAUGUUAGGAAGUAACGCUCGCGAGGAUGCCUGCAGAGAGUGCGGUGGUGACGGUUCUGACUGCAACACCGUAAGCGGUCUCUUCGACACGGACGACCUACAAAACGGUUACGUCGACAUUCUCUUGAUUCCCGAGGGUGCCACAAAUAUCGUCGUGAAGGAAAUAUCACCCUCGAAUAACUACCUCGCCAUUCGUAACACGUCCGGUUAUUAUUACCUUAAUGGCAAUUGGAGAAUUGAUUUUCCAAGGAGUUUGAGGUUCGCUGGAACUAUAUUCCAUUACGCUAGAGAUCCACAGGGUUUCUCAGCGCCGGACACUAUCACUACCCAGGGACCUACAACGGAGGCAAUUUAUAUAGUCGUUCUCUAUCAAGAUCAUAAUGUUGGGGUACAAUAUGAGUACAGCAUUCCGAAGAAAUUUUCACCUCAAGGGGAUCCGGACAGUUAUACGUGGACUGCUGACGAAUUCUCGGAGUGCAGUGCUAGUUGCGGCGGUGGCUAUCAAUCAAGACUCGUGAACUGCGUCCGUCGUCGUGACAACGAGCCAGUAGACAACAACCUCUGUGAUCCCCAAUUGGAGCCCGUUGAUACUCAAUCCUGCAAUGAGGUACCUUGUCCACCUGAGUGGAUCUCAAGCGAAUGGGGACCCUGCAGUAAACAUUGUGGUGAGAGUGGUGAGCGUCAUAGGGAAAUCAGAUGCCAGCAGAUCGUUGUCGGUGGCAUUCCAGCCAUCAUCGACGAUUCAACUUGCACCGAGAAAGUCGGUGCAAAGGGUGAGACCACCCAGGCCUGCAACAGGAAUGUCACGUGUCCCCAGUGGCACUUGGGCCCUUGGAAACCGUGCGAUCAUUUGUGCGGAGAAGGCAAGCAAACGCGUAAAGUUACUUGUUACUACAAGAAUGAAGGGGGGAAAAUCCAAGUUCUGGAGGAUUCAGCUUGCGAGGGAGAGGUACCAGAGAAAGAGAAACCGUGUGAAUUACGUCCCUGCGCUGGACUCGAUUGGGUCACAUCAGAAUGGAGUGGUUGCGAUGGAAAAUGCGGUCUAACCCAAGAAACGCGUACAGCCCAUUGUGCAACUCAAGACGGCACCGUCUAUCCCGAUGAAAAAUGCGAUUCUGCAAAGAAACCCGAAUUGACACGUCAGUGCGAGCAUUCAAAAGGCUGUGACUAUCAGUGGUACGCGGCUCAGUGGAGCGAGUGCUCAGCGAAAUGUGGCACAGGCGUUCAAACCCGAAAGGUUUUCUGUGCAACAUUUGAAGACGAUUUGACACUGAGCAAAGUGGAAGAUGAAAAAUGCGUGAAAGAGGAUCGCUACAAUGACACUAAAGAAUGUACAGCAGAGGUGACGGAAUGCAAGGGUGAAUGGUUCGCUGGACCGUGGAGUGAGUGUUCGAAGCCUUGUGGGGUUGGUGAUCGUACGCGCAAGGUCAUCUGUAUGAAAGAUGAAAUGUUAGUACCAGUGUCCAACUGUGAUUCGGAUUCGAUAAUGUUUGGUAGCGAAGAGUGUAAUAAGCAGCCGUGCGAUGAAGACCAGGUCAUCCCUGUGGAAGUUGACAAACCAACACCUCCCACUGACGAAGAGGACGAUUGUUUGGUAUACGAGGACGAAGAGUUUGUCACGGCGUCAGUAGAUCUGGGAGAAGGGGAUGAGGGUACAGGGUCAACACCGUCCGACGUUUCUGGGGAGACAGAUAGUACUGCCUUCACUGAUCUCAUGAUGAGUGAUAGCACACGCGGAGAUAUCUCACCGACUGACGACGGAAGCGGUUACAGCAGUGGUUGGGGAAGUGGUGACGGAGAAUUUACGUUUAGAUCGAUUUACACUGAUCUGCCAACUUCAACUAAUGAUGUUUCGUCUCUAGAGGGAAGUGGAGCAACGGAUGAAAAGUCCAGUGAGAUGGAUACAGAUGUGACAGAGGCAAUUGGGGCAUCCGAAAGUGAAGGAACUGAUAAAUUUUCGGAAUCUAACGAGAUUCCUGAGAGCACUGAGCCGUCAACGAGGGACGAAUCAGAACCAACUGAGGGGUCUGUUCAGUCAUCGGGAAGUUCGAAUGCUUCUGGAGCUUCAGAGGAAACAACAGAGGUGUCAGGUGGAAGUGAUACUUCUUCGUCUCAGGGUAGCACAGAGUCUUCGGACACUACUGAAGCGACGACUCAGGAAACUGAGACGUCAGGAUCAUCUGACGCGUCAUCUGAACCUUCGUCUGUUGAUUCUAAAUCUAGUGAAGAUACUACAAUUGAAUCUACCACCAGUUCUGACAUUUCUGAGACUACAACAGGUUCUUCUGAAGCCAGCAGCGAUGAAACCACUGGAUCGUCAUCCUCUUCCAUUUCUUCAGAUUCUUCUUCAUCAUCUUCUUCAGAUUCUUCUUCAUCAUCUUCUUCAGAUUCCUCUUCAUCAUCAUCAUCUUCUUCUUCUUCUUCUUCUUCGUCUUCAGAAACUACAGAAACUUCACAAUCUACUGAGACAACAGAAACAGUCACCACUGAACCAACCGAAACUACAUCCUCUUCAGAAACUGAUACAACUGAGUCUACGGUAUCCGCAGUUACAGAAUCAAGCUUUGAAUCUACAACAGACAUGACUACAACAGACAUCAGCGCAUCAAGUUCAUCGGAGAGUAUCACAACCUCUUCAGAAAUGUCUACGGAUGAUUCCACCACCGAUGAAACUGACCUGCCAUUUACAAUUGCCAGUGUAAAAGGAGAGUACGAUCCUGAUAAAGCUGGCAGUAGUGGUGACACUGACAAAACCGAUGAAACGCCUGAGACUACAGUGUCGUCUUCAGAAGUUACUACUGACACAUCAGAAUCAACGUCAAUAUCUUCUACUGAUUCUGACUCAUCAACUAUGUCCGCAAGUGGAGAGACUACAGAGUCGUCGAUGUUGACAGAAUAUACCGAAACGACUGGUGCGUCUGAAACCACUGAACUCGCUACUGGAACAACAGAGAGUAGUGAAACAACAACGUCAGCUGAGACCACCGAGUUAUCAACCCAAACUUCUGAUGUUACCGAUACAACGGAAUCUAGUGCCGUGACAACAGACAGUGAAACGUCAGAUGGAUCUACAGUAUCUGGUGAAACAACAGAAUCCGGUCUCACAACAGAAUCUGGUUUGACAACAGAGUCUGGUCUCACAACCGAAUCUGGUCUGACAACAGAGUCUGGUCUCACAACAGAGUCUGGCCUGACAACAGAAUCUGGUCCAACAACAGAAUCUGGUCCAACAACAGAAUCAGGAGAAACAACUGUGUCAUUGUUGAGUACAGAGAUGACAACCGAAGAAGAAGAAACAGAUCUUACCGAGAAAUCUUCAGUUCUCGAUCUAUUUACAACCAUUAAUCCCCUAGAUGUAGCAAUUUCAAAGGAGCAAAAAAUGCGCAAAUGCAAAAUACGAAGGAAGAAGACCUGCACGUCAUCAACCUUUGGCUGCUGCUACGACGGCAUUACCCCGGCGAAAGGACCAUUCGGAAAGGGCUGUCCAACUCCUGAAACAUGUAAAGAUACCAAAUAUGGUUGUUGCCCUGAUGGUGUCUCAGUUGCUACUGGACCAAAGAAUGAGGAUUGUCCAUCUCAGCACUGCAAUGAGACCCUCUUCGGCUGUUGCAAAGACGGCAUUACACCAGCUGAAGGCAAUGACUUUGAGGGCUGCAAGAAGCCCUGUAACGAGACUGAAUUUGGCUGUUGUCCGGAUAAAGAGACACCAGCAUUUGGAAAGAAUAAUCUCGGUUGUUGCAACGUUACUGAGCACGGCUGUUGUCCAGACGGAAUCAAAGCGGCGACAGGUGCCAAUAACGAGGGCUGCGACGAGGAGGAAGUCACUGAAGAGAGUGGAUGGACUGAUGUCUCAGGAGUUUGGGAAACAACUACCCUGGCGAUGCAAGAAGAUUGCGCAAAUUCCACUUAUGGAUGUUGUCCUGAUGGCCGCACACCAGCAGCAGGUAUCAAUUUCGACGGUUGCGGAGUCAUCAACAAUGAUAACUGCACAUUAUCUUACUUUGGCUGCUGUCCAGACAACGUCACAGCAGCUCUCGGUGAUGAUGAGGAAGGAUGUUAUGGACGUUGUGACGCCUCUCCGCAUGGCUGCUGUCCAGACAAAAUCACUCCAGCUCAUGGACCUAAUGGAGAAGGUUGUUGUCUCCUGUCACCCUAUGGCUGUUGUCCAGACAACAUCGUACCAGCUCGAGGACCCAAUCUCUAUGGAUGUGGCUGUGAGUACAGCCGAUUCGGUUGUUGUCCAGACAAUACAACAGCUGCUAGAGGAUCUCAUAAUGAAGGAUGUGGCUGUCAGUACACACCAAAUGGCUGUUGUCCGAAUCAAUUCACUCCUGCGACUGGCGCUGACUUUGAGGGAUGUCCUUGCUACACUUAUCAGUUCGGCUGUUGUCCAGAUGGUGUCACGAUCGCAAAGGGACCACACAGCCAGGGCUGCGGAUGUGAAAAUACCGAGUUCAAGUGCUGCUCAGACGAUCGAACACCUGCCAAGGGACCCAACUUUGCUGGCUGUACCUGUGACGCUUCGAAAUUCGGAUGUUGUCCGGAUGGUAUUGACGAAGCACAGGGUGAGAACUUUGAAGGCUGCAGAACUAUUCCUGCUGUACCUGGGGCUGCUUGCGAUCUUGAUAAGGACAAAGGGACCUGCAGGGACUUCACAGUUAAAUGGUUCUUCGAUACCAAAUACGGAGGUUGCUCCAGAUUUUGGUAUGGAGGAUGCGAGGGUAAUGAUAAUCGUUUUGCAACGCAGGAGGAGUGCAAGGAUGUGUGUGUCUCACCUAAGGGUAAGGACGUCUGCACUCUGCCGAAGAGCGCUGGGCCUUGUCAAGGGUAUCAUCCUAUGUGGUACUAUGAUGUUGAGAGGAAACAAUGUGGACAGUUUAUUUAUGGAGGUUGUCUCGGGAAUGCCAAUAAAUUUGAAACCAGGGAGGAGUGCGAGGGUCUUUGUGUCGUUCGUGAUGAUGCUGAUCCUUGCCAACUGGAGCAGGAUAGUGGGCCGUGUCAAGGUAAUUUCACCAAGUGGUACUUCAAUAAGGAAUUGCAAGCCUGCGAGCAGUUCCACUACGGCGGCUGCAAGGGAAAUAACAACAACUUCCCCACCCAGAUUGCUUGUCAACAACAAUGUUUACAGCCUGGUCAAAGUCGAGAUUCAUGCUCGUUACCACGGGCCGAGGGUACCUGCAGAGAAAAACAAUCGAGAUGGUUCUUUGAUCAGUCGGAGAACAGAUGCAUGCCAUUUUAUUACACGGGAUGCAGUGGCAAUAGAAAUAACUUUGAAUCUAGAGACGCAUGUGAGAAAGAUUGUCCACCAAAGAUUGAGCAAGAUAUUUGUCUCCUUCCUGCGUUACUCGGUGAGUGCCACAAUUAUACUCAACGCUGGUACUUUGAUUCGUACGCGAAACGCUGCAGAAAGUUCUACUACGGUGGGUGCGGUGGAAAUGAGAAUAAUUUCGUUAAUGAGGAUGAUUGCAUGAAUCGUUGUGAAUCACCCAGUGCAACUCCACCUCCACAGCCUCGGGAGUUUUCACCGGCUCUGUGUUUCCUCCCUGACGAACGAGGUCCCUGCGGCAAUAAUCAAACGAAAUGGUUCUACGAUAGUAGAGAUGGAAUCUGUAAACAAUUUGUCUACGGUGGAUGUGCAAGCAAUGGGAAUAAAUUCGAUUCGAGAGAGGAGUGCGAGUAUCGUUGUAGAGAUGUGCAAGAUGUCUGCAGUAUGCAGAAGGUCAUUGGCCCCUGUAGUGGCUCCGUCAUUCAAUAUUACUAUGAAAGGACUACAGACACUUGUGAAGAAUUUGAAUACAGCGGUUGUGAGGGCAACAGAAACCGCUUCCAGGAUCGCGCCAGUUGCGAGAGCAAAUGUCAGCGAAGACCUAAACAACCGAGGCCGACAGAAGCACCUCCAGUGGAGGUCGUUCCGAGCAGUCCAAUUUGCAUGGCUCCUGCAGAUGCUGGUUCUUGUCAUGAUGAUAUCACUGCUUACUUCUAUGAUGCUCAGUCGAGAAGAUGUCAGGCAUUUAUUUAUGGCGGGUGCGAGGGCAAUGCCAACCGAUUCCAAACGGAGGAACAGUGCGAACGUCUUUGUGGACGAUUCCAAGGCCAAGAUAUGUGCAACCAAUCCGCUGAUCCUGGUCCUUGUCGAGGCUCCUUCCCCAAGUUCUACUACGAUCCAAGUGCACGUGCGUGUCGUGAAUUCUUCUACGGAGGCUGUGAUGGUAAUGCCAACAGGUUCAGCACACAACCAGAGUGUGAAUCUGUUUGUAUUCACCGCGAAGAGCCUGCUCCCGCCGGAAAUGACACUGCCCUUUCCCACCUCGAAAUCUGUCGAGAACAAGUGGAUGUGGGCUCCUGCCCAAGUGGCAGUUACAAGCGUUUCUACUUUGACGAGGAACGUCAAACUUGCAUGGCAUUCGUUUACACUGGUUGUGGUGGUAACCGUAACAGAUUCAAGACCUAUGAGUCUUGUAUGCACAUGUGUUACAGAACGAGCAACGAAAUAGACGUAGGAAAUAAGAAUCAAACGAAGGAACCGUGCAUGGAAGCCAGGGAAGAGUGCGCCCAAAUGCGUUGUCCCUAUGGAAAAGAAGAAUUUGUUGACGAUCAGGACUGCGGAAGAUGCAGAUGCGUCGAUCCAUGCAGAAUCGUUAUCUGUCCCAAUGACACUAGGUGCUCGAUUAUAUUGGCAGCCUCUCUGGAUGGUGGCACCGAGUACAGAGGCCAAUGUCGAUCAACAACAAAGUUAGGACGCUGUCCAGUGGUCUCCAACAGCACUAGGUGUGAACAAGAGUGUCGUGAUGAUGCAGACUGCCCUGAUGAGAAAAAAUGCUGCAAUAAUGGCUGUGGAACCUCGUGCUUGGAACCAUAUCAGGAACCACCUGAACCAACACCUGCACCUUAUGUCACUAUUCCACCGUAUGGUGGAGAACCAGCCGUUAUUCAAAGACCAGAGGAGCCUCAGGUUUCGGGGGAGGAAGGAGGUAUGGUUGUGAUGAGAUGUAUUGCCACUGGAAGCCCUAAGCCCAUCAUUACCUGGAAGAAGGACGCACAAAUUAUUCAAGCAGCUGAAGAGAGAAAAGUCAUUCUUCCGGAUGGCUCUCUCCGCAUCACAAAUCUUUACACCACGGAUAGUGGCGUCUACAUUUGCAUCGCUGACAAUGGUCUUGCACCGCCAGUAAGAAUCGAGUACAGACUAGACAUCACGGAGCCUCACGAACACUCGUCAACAAUAUUCGGCGAGGAAAAUACUCACGUAACAGUCGUAAUGAAUUCCCCAACGACUUUGUACUGUUAUGCAAUGGGCUGGCCAAGGCCCAUUGUCACCUGGUGGCAUGGAGACAGAAUGUUGCCACUAUACUCUGAAGAUUAUGAACAAAAAUCUGAAUAUUCACUCCUCAUUCGAUCCGUCACUAUCACCCAUCUCGGAGUCUACACCUGUCAGGCAUUCAAUGGCAUUGAACGUCCAGCAUCUUGGUCUGUUACACUCCAGGCAAUUGGGCCAGUUUACAAUAUCAAACCGGAGCACAUGGAGUUUGUCAAGUAUCUGGUGCAACCACCGAGAGCACCACCUACUGAUCGGCCACAGUAUCCCUACAGACCUGCCAGGACUCAGGCUCCUGAUUACAAUCUCACUUAUGCACCACUUGAUCCAAAUGUCAAACCUCCUUAUGUUCCCCCUGUCAAUCCUCUUACUGAAUCACCACCAUCUAGAUUCAAAGUACCAGUCGCUGUGAACGUAUCAGCAUCGGGAAGUGAAUUCCCAGUAGGAAGUGAAAUCAGCAUCGGUUGUGCUGUCGAUGGAUAUCCAAUUCCCAGAGUUCUCUGGUUUAAGAACGAUGAUUUGAUUCGAACUGAUGGACGAGUUACAAUUUCUGAGGCAAAUAGGCUUACCAUUACGAAUGCUGGGUAUAACGAUACAGGGCGGUAUCGUUGUGAAGCUGCUAACGAGUACUCCAGUGAUUCCGCUGAAUUAGAUAUUAACGUAGCAGGAAUAUACAUUCAUCCCGACUGUCGAGACAACAGUUUCUUCGCAAAAUGUGACCUGAUUGUAAGAGCCAAAUACUGUCAACACCAGUAUUACGCAAUAUUUUGCUGUAGAUCAUGCACCGAAGCUGGACAACUUCCCCCAACAGGUCCCCACUUAUCCAAAUUAACCAGAAGAAGAAGAUCAGCAAAACGUAUCUUUUAACUCCCCAACACGAGUACUACUCCGUUCGGUAAAUGGAAGGUCCAACUACCAAACAAUGAUUUUUCCAGAAGAAAUCAUUUCGAAAAAUGAAAGAGAAACCGAACGCAAUGGAGUCUCGUUCACUGCCAAAGCCUUAGAACGUUUAUGCAUAAAUACAUCUAAAGUACGGAAUUGAACAUUUUUUUCCCCAAUCUUCAUGUCGUGGGUGAUGACUUUUCACCGGACCGCAUCGUAAACGUAUCGAUGUAUACACGAUCUGAAGCUGAUCAACUAGUCGAUAAGGAGCCUACUAAAAUUCCUCACCGAUAAUGAACUCUGUUAGAGGCGCGGUGAUUUUCACAUUUUUAAAAAUUUCCUUUAUGCUAUUAACUCAUAACUUCGGUUCGCGGUAAAUUCCCUUUUCAUUGUAAUUUGAGUUUCUUUUUCAGCAGAAGUAAAUUUUUGAAUGUCCAAAUCUUAAACACUCUUUGUAGAUAUUUUUUAGUAAUUUUUAUAAAAAUUAUAAUGGAGAAAAAAUUAAUGGCUUUAACAAAGCUUUUUGCGAUGAAAAUGUAAUUAUUGAGUCAUUUAUCCGAAAUAUUCAUAAUUUUCUUUAGCUUCUUCGUUCAUUUUUCGCUUUUUUACAAUACAAUAUGUAAUAUAUAUGUAUCUGUAGUAUAAAUAGUAUUACAGCAUAGAUACAUAUAUACGCUCUUAUACAGGUAUUUUUUCAUUACAGUAAGAAACGAAUUUUUCAUAAUUCUCUAGCAAAAUGAUCAAUAACUUUACGUUAGUUUCGGGUUCCAAUCAUUUUCUAAAAUAAUAUUUGAUUUUAAUAAAAUUUUCAGUGACUGAAAAAUGUCUACAAAAGGCGACAAAAUAUAAUUUGAACAUUCAUUUUUGCUGCGUUAUUUUUAAGAUUAUUUGCUCCCGUUUCCAGUGAAAUAAAACAAAAGUAAUUUUAAAUAUCUGCCGAAAGCUACUUGUACGUACUUUUUAACACGUUAUAUUAUAUAUGAAUAUAGUUUAUCUUGUACGUUAUAAACCCUUGAUAUUCCCCUAGCUGGAACUAUUUUUCAUAUUUUUUUUACUCCAUUAAAACCUCUAACGAGACUUAUUUUUUUUAAUUAUAUUGUGUUACUAUCGGAAAAGCCACUCGGCUUUUCGUUUAACUCAAAUCAAAAUAUCAUCAUGUACAGAUUUAUUUAAAUCCGAAUGUGACAGACGAAGCAUUUAUUAUCUUUAUAAAUUCCAUAAUGCAUUUAUAAUUAUCCAUAAGUGUAAACCAAUAAUUUCAGCAUUCAGGAGAAUGAGAAAAAAAAAUAUUAGAAUAAAGUGUAGUUAUUUAGACAGUACCAAAAGCAUUUAUUAAUGUUAAGUAAUUCUAAUAUAAAUUCAUAUCUCGUGAAUAUACGGAAUGAUAGAUAAUUCUUGGAGGGCCAUCAAUCACUCAUUUUUUUCCAGAUGAUUGAUUUCUCUGUGGGGUGGGAGAAAAAUUGUUGUUCUCUUGAUAAUUAAUCCCCAAAAUUUCAGUAAACGUUAUCAAAUGAACUCAGAGUGCCUUAAAAUUAAUGAAUAUCCUGGUUGAGAGCAGUGUUAGGAUCACUAUCAUUGUAAAAAAUCAAAAUCUGUUUCUAUUUUGUAGUUGAGCCAGUCGCAUUGUACAUUAGAUUCUCUAUUAAUUAUUUCCUUCAAGUCUUUCUAGCUAAUUUUUUUUCCUAUAUUUGUCGUACGUUUGGAAACAUACCUCGCAUAUUUCAAGGUACAUUUAUUUGGAAGUACUUAUAUUGAUAUGUAAUUCGGAUGAUUCGGUGAAUACAGUAGCGAAUCAUUAAACCGGAUCAAAUCGAUUUUUAUUUCUCGCCAGUUCUUGAUGAAUAUCUCGAAACAUAACAGAAAUAGAAAAAUUUUUCGCACAACUCUUGUUAUGCCCCUCAACUAGUGUUAUAAAAAUGUUUUAAAAAAUCUAUUUCUUUUAAAUUUCUUGAUAAUUGUCAAACCAUGAUCAAUGAACAGAAUCGAGUUAUCACGGUCGAUCGUGAUCCUGAAGCGUUGAAUGAGUGAUUAAAAUACUCAUGAAAUUACCAUAGAAGAGAUUAAAUAUAAUUAACAACUUGUAGUCUAUAUAUCAUUGAUAUCUCUCAGACUUAUCAAUUCCAAAUAAAUAUCAUAGUAGACUUACCGCGAACCUGUUAAUUUUAAUUGUGAGUAUUUUAGGUAAUUAAUAUAUUAUUAUUAUUAUUAGUAUAUAUGUAAUAUUGCAACGAUUGAAAAAUGAAAAGAGAUUGAAAAAUUACGACGUUAUGCGGACAUAUUGUAUGGACAAUAAUAAUAUUUAAGGUCCUCAGAAGUAUAGGAUAUAUGGUGAGAAUAUACUCAUUACAUAUUAUAAUGUAACACAAUUCGAACGAUCUGUAUCGUGUGAAUGUUAAAAUUAUUGCUCUCAUUAUGGAAGUAUACUCAGUUUUCUUUACAGAAUGAAACAAUGUGUCAAAUAAAUUUUUUUUUCGUUUUGAGCAAAAA